AUGACAUUCGAUGCCUUCUCUCCUCGCGAGGUGAUUGAGGCUAUCUCAAAAUCAGGCGCACAUAAGGGGAACAUGAGGCUGGACAAGGUGCUUUUUAGUGCGGUAUCAGCAGGUUGUUUACUUGCAUUUGCUUGCGGGACUACUCUGAGUACCACUGCCGCACCCUGGUUUCAAGACAAUGCCCCGGGUCUGAUACGAACUAUCGGCGCUUUGGUGUUUCCUUACGUUUACUACUGUGGCAGUCCUCCAUCGGCGUUUGCCAUGGUCAAAAAUGUUGAUCCACUGGGCUGUUACAUUUAUCGGCAACUUCGCUGGGUCGCUAUUUAUCGUGGCUAUUAUCUUCGGCUGUCUGUUGUUAUUUCUUUUGCCACAAAAAAGCAGGUCACCCCUGAUUUCCACAUGAUACUCCUCCGUGGGAUUGGAUGCAACUGGCUA